CCGGUUUUCGUGAAGAGAAAAACCAUCAAAGGAAGCAGAACAUGGAAAUGACAGGACAUGGGUCUCCCACCGGAGUUGGACAAAACUGCAGUGAUGAGACUCCCACCGGUGUUUCCAGGGUAGAUUGUAACAGCAAAACAGUCAAUGACGAAGAGCAGGUGGCAGCACGAAAAGUCAACUUGAAUAAUGCUGGUGAGAAACCCUACAUGUGUGGGGAGUGUGGGUACAAGGCGGAUUACAAGUUUAAGUUAUCCAUACAUAUAAGAAAGCAUACAGGAGAAAAACCCUACAAGUGUGAUCAGUGUGACUAUUCUGCAGUACACAGAAGCAAUUUGGCCAAACAUCUUGCAAGACACGGUGGUGAGAAACCCUACAUGUGUGGGGAGUGUGGAUACAGGGCAACUGAUAGGUCAAAAUUUUCCCGACAUAUUAUGACCCAUACAGGUGAAAAACCAUUCAAGUGUGACCAGUGUAACUAUUCUGCAGCUCUGAAAUCCACGUUGGAUCAACAUCUAACAAGACACAUUCGAAAGAAACCCUACAUGUGUGGGGAGUGUGGGUACAGGACAGGUCAUAAACCUCACUUAUUGCAACACAUGAGAACCCAUACAGGAGAAAAACCCUACAAGUGUGACCAGUGUGGCUAUUCUGCAGCACAGAAAUAUUCUUUGGACCGUCAUGUAGCAAAACACACUGGUGAGAAACCUAACAUAUGUGGGGAGUGUGGGUACAGGACAGCUCACAAGUCUGAUUUAUCCCAACAUAUGAGGACCCAUACAGGGGAAAAACCAUACAAGUGUGACCAGUGUGAUUAUUCUGCAGCAGCUAAAAAGUCUUACCUAUUUCAACAUAUGAGAACCCAUACGGGAGAAAAACCCUACAAGUGUGACAGGUGUGACUAUACUGCAGCACGGAAAUCCAACUUGGACUAUCAUUUAGUAAAACACACCGGAGAAAAACCCUAUACGUGUGGGGAGUGUGGAUACAGGACAGCCCAAAAGUCUGACUUAUCAAAACAUAUGAGAACACAUACAGGAGAAAAACCCUACAAAUGUGAUCAAUGUGACUAUUCUGCAGCACGGAAAUCCCACUUGGACGAUCAUCUAGCAAAACACACUGGUGAAAAACCCUACAUGUGUGGGGAGUGUGGAUACAGGACUGCUCACAAGUCUGACCUGUCUAGACAUUUGAGAUCCCACACAGGAGAAAAACCCUACAAGUGUGACCGGUGUAACUAUUCUGCAAAACAAAAAUCCACUUUAGAUAAACACCUAGCAAAACACUUGUGAGAAGCCCUACAUGUGUGGGGAGUGGGGGUACAUGACUGCUCAGAAUUUUGAAUUAUCUAAACAUAUGAUAGCCCAUUCAGAAGUAA